AUGAUCGAACUCGAGCCCUAUAACACGUUCGCGCUACCUAAAAUUAUCUACGGCGUAUCACUUAUCUUUAGCCCGUAUGUCCUACUCUUUAUUAUAUUAUUUUAUAUCCACGCCUUUAAAGCGCCUCACUUAAUAUCGAUAGAAGACCUUCGGAGACUACUUAUCGAGGGUGGUCGAUAG